GUGUAAUACCGUUGUUUCUAGUAGAGGGCGCUGCGUGGCAGUACGAGCUCGAGGCCUCAGAUCUUUUUGUCUGGAACUGGAUCCCGCUGCCGCUCUACAGUGUGUGCGAUUGUUUGGAGCCGCGUCCGUAACACACUGUCAAACCACUCCAAACGAACACAUUUGCUACCAAAACUAUAAAUUUAGCAUAUUUUACAAUGGCAGUUUUAGUUUGCCGUUGAAGUCGGUCGUUAUUCUGGCUGAGUGUUUAUUACAACUUACUGAAUCGGCUUGUUUUCUGUGUGUAGCUGUGCAUCAGUCUUUAUUAGCGAGCUGGCGCUCUGCUUGCUAUUAGCUAUUUCUUUAACUUUUUUUUAAACACUCAGCUUCGCGAAUGACUGAGCGCCGGCGGAGUAUGGGAUCCUUGGUGUCUUAGGAAGCGAGUGAGUGGGCGUUUUAACCGUUUUUACAUGCAAAAACAAUGGCAAAUUCGACGGGGAAAAAUUUACUAGAUCAGCGAAGGAAAGGACUGGCUUUCCUGGACGAGCUGCGGCAAUUUCACCGAAGCAGAGGGUGAGAAUGGGGCGUUUAAAUACACCUUUAAAAAUCAUGUACAUAUGACUAUGGAUGCUUACAAACUAUUAGUAAUACUAUUCUCCAUGUAUUUUAUGAUUUUUUCCAUCAGAUCGCCGUUCAAGAAGAUUCCUAUCGUGGGUGGGAAAGAGUUGGAUCUUAAUGCUCUCUAUAUCAGAGUCAUUUCGUUAGGUGGAUUUGCUAAGGUGAGUGGAACUAAAAGUGCAUUUUCGCACUCUCGGUUUUCAGUGAAGUCUUCAGUGAACGGUUAGAGAACACUCUUUCCGCAUCCCGAAGAGCUAUUUCAUACUAAAACGGCUGUAGGAGAGAUAGGAUUGCGGUCGGCCUUGUGCUAGUUUGCCAUCUGUGCAAUGUGGUGGCUUGUGUUGUGUAUGGUUUGAAUUGAAAGUCCGUACGGGUAGCUGCACGGCUCGGAGUCUGAGUGCAGUUAGAGCAACUCAAAAUUAGCGGGCACGUUUAACAUCGAUUAUCCGGCACAGAGCACUGGCUAGGAAGAACUAUUCGCCGCGGGGGAUAGGUACCAUUUUGUGUAACUAGAUUUUUUACGAUAAUUUGGGGGAAGGUAGUUAUUCGCAUUGGCCAUCUUUGGCUCUAUGGCUGAAGACAAAUGUAGGCCGCACACAGGCCUAUUUAUUGAAAACUGUAAAUGUGAAAAUAAUUCCCCAAAUAAAGAAUGCUCGCCAUCAUUCCAUCAUUGCUAGUAGCAUUGUGUUGAAGCGGGUCAUAGUUGUCUCGAGCUUUGGUAGCUACCACAUUUAGCCUGCACGCUUGGCUUGCCAGAAAAGUAAUGUUAGCCUGAUUGCUAACACUAGCUAGUAAGUAAGCCAUCCAGUUCAAGCUGUAGCUAGCUGUGAGUUGUUGCUUGCGGUGAUAACUAGAUGGCUAACAAACAUGGAAUUAAAUACACAGUACUAGCUAGUGACAGUAUCUAACAUUAACAUCUUAUUAUUAGAUGAUAAUCAGGUUGUUUAUCACUAUCGAAUCCAUAUUUUAUGCAUCCUGAUAUUGUUUAAUAAAAAAUAUAUAACAUCCGUAAUUUGCUUUACAGGUUUCUGACAAGAAUCAGUGGUCUGAGUUGGGUGAAGAUUUUAACUUUCCAAGGAGUUGUUCAAACGCAGCAUUUGUUUUAAAACAGUACUACCUUCGGUAAGUGGCAUGGUCUUGCAUUAGCUACUACACUCAGACAGCAUGUGGCAAAUGUUUACAAAUUGUGAGAGGCUGGAAGCAGGAAUGGACCAUGCAACAAUCCAGCGUUACUGACGGUUUUAAAGAUGUUGAACACGGAAAACAAAAACACUAUACUGGACCUUACACUGGCUGCAAUGCUUAUGCCUCAUAACAGUAUGCUUUGACCUAACAUUUAGUCAACUUUACUGGGUUAAUGCAGAUCACAAUUUGUUUUAUUGUAUGCUAUGUCUUACUACUGGGGAUUCUGCCAUACAUCUUCGCUUUGUAGAUUUAAACUAUUAGUAAGGGACAUGAUCUGGCUAAGUUACUGAAUGCUGGCUGGUCAUCGAUCUGUCAUGGAUUGUCAUUGAAUACGCUAGCCGUUGCCAUAACUAUGCAAUCAGCAGCACGUUACCCUAAACACCUUUUGCCCUAGGUGGGCGGCAGGUAGCUUAGUGGGUAAGAGCGUUGUGCCAGUAACUGAAAGGUCGCUGGUUCUAAUCCCCGAGUCGACUAGGUGAAAAAUCUGUCGAUGUGCCCUUAAGCAAGGCACUUAACCCUAAUUGCUCCUGUAAGUCGCUCUGGAUAAGAGCGUCUGCUAAAUGACUAAAAUGUAAAUGUUUCACCAGCAGCAAGCCCAUGGACAGUGUGGAGCUGCUUCUCUGCUCAAGUCUCCUUUUCCCUCCAAAAUAUUGCCACGGGCACCUGCUUUUAAGAGGAUGGAUCACAUUCACCAGUCUAACCUGGAGGCUGCUUAUAUGACCCUGCUUUGCGAGUUAUUUGAAGCAGCAUAUCUUUAAAAGUCCUGUUGCCUUAAUCACCUUUCUUCACAUUUUGGGAAUGGUUGAAGGAGCAGUAGGUCAACAUAGUCUGCAAGUAACCAAUCAUGUAGGCAUGUCAUCAAAAAUGUAUGCACGCAUGACUGUAAGUCGCUUUGGAUAAAAGCGUCUGCUAAAUGGCAUAUUAAUUUUUAAUAUUAAUCAAUUCUAAACAAGGUUCAUACACUCUACCGAAGUAUCAUCAUACCUGCCUAAAGAUAUGGCUUAUGAAUUUGAACAACUCGUCAUAGACCUAAAGAUGUUAUUGCCUUCCUCUCUUAAGUCAUCAUGGGAUUUUAUAUAGGCCCUACAUGCAGUCAACGAUAGGCCAAGCACUGUAAUGAAGUGUUUCCAAAUGGUGCUGGUUAUUCCAGUAUUUUUAGCAAAGGAUUUCAUUCUUGCCAUCAAAUUAACAAUAGUAAAGCUUGAUACCCUACAAGUAUAUUUGAACAUUGACUUUCCAUGCAAAGAAAACUGCUGAUUUGAUAUUGGGCAGGCAAUUUCACCCUAUGAGGUGUGGGUGCAGGCCGUUCUAGCCCAGCUGCAACAGCUGAUUCUACCAACCAACAAGGCCUAAAUGUUCUUCAACCAAGAAACAGGUGUGUUGCUGCUUGGCUGGAACAAAAGCCUGCACCCAGUGAGACUUUUCUCCUUUCAAAUUGUCAUUUGAAGAGUCAUAGGAAGAGUCAUAGGCUAACUUAGGACAUAGCCUAAUGCAGGGCGCUACAACGCAACCAUUUUACUCGCAUAUGCGCCUAAAUAUGUUGCUGUGCGACCUGGAAUUUUUAUUUAGCAGCACCAGUGCGCCUAGAAGAAUGAAGGAUUCUAGCAUUAUUACAUCAAAUAUUUGUAGUUGUGCUCCUAAAUAUCUUUGUGCGCCUGCCUAUAUUUUCCAACUUAGGUCCACAUGUGCUCCUUGUAAAAAAGGUCUGCGUAGAGCCCUGUAAUGUAAAACAAUAUUUGACUGAAACACAGCAAUAUAAAUAGCCUAACUGAUAGCACAUCAGCAGGUUUGAAGGAGUUGUUGGGAGCUGCCCAGAUGCAUGAUUUAGUUUGCUUCAUAUUUUCAAACAAAUGCACAGGCCUAACCCAUUUCAAGCAUGCCUUUAACCUGACUGCCUGAAACUUCUCCUGGAUUUUACCCCAUGACAGCCCACCAUGGGAUCACAUGGUAGUUGUAGACCAGAAUGGUCAAACUAUUCCUUGGAAGAUUUCUUCAUAACUUUUAUAUAGGAUGUUUAUUUUACCAUAGUCCUGCGUCUUUACCAAACAAAUUGAAUCGGCCAGGUUAAGACAGCCUUCUACUGUCGGCGCAGACUGGUGUAGCCCAAUGCCAGGUCUCUCUUAUAAGGGCAAGCAAGCCUGUAAUGGUCAAACUUAUUAGAACCAAAGAGCCCUCAGGUUUAACUGGGAGAUGUAGCUCAAUCCCAUCUCGUUCUUAAGGGCAAACCCAGAAUAUUCAGAAAUGUAUUGGAAGUAGGGAGUCCUUUGUUCGCUUGAAAGUCUUCUUGUACCACUAAAAUGAACGUUGCCAAGGGCAAGGCACUUGAAAAUAGUAAGUAGUCCUACAACCUGGGAACCUGAGCAAUAGACUCAAUAGUUGACCUUCGAUUAUCAUUAAAAACAACGGGAAUAAAAAAAUCUACCUAUGAAAGACUUGUCCCAAACAUGGAAUAAAUGAGGUUGUUGUAGUGUGACUUGAAUUGUGCCUCACAACAUGAUGGUUGCAUCACAAGUUCAACAGUCUAGUGGUUGCUUCCCCUUGUAUCCGUUUAUCUGCAUUGGUACAUGGGGGUAAGCAAUAAUGAUGUGCCUACUGCGCACAGUAAAUUAGCUUUUGUCUGUCCAUUUCCUUCACCUUAGUUCAGGUGCAGGAGAGGAUGUCUCUUAAGACUGAGAUGCAGCUUGUGAAUAGGCUGUACCCAACAUGAUGUUGUUAGCACUGUGAUGCCCAUGACAAAAUAAGAGCUGGAUUAGAACUACUCCGCUGUUUUCUUUUUCUUGCAUAAGUGAAGUCCGAGGCAAUCAAGUUGUCUCAUUCACACAGCAUUUGCUGGUGAGAUUAGCCUUGGCACGUGAACAAAGGUGAAACGCGGCCACAGCGUUUAGAGAUCUAGUGUUACCCGCUGUCCCCUGAUAACUGUACGUCUCUCUCUGAUGCUAAAUAGAGGGUGCUAAAAUGAUGUAGCAAAACUGAUGUAUCAGCGAGCUACAGAAAACGCAGGCUGCAAGCGAGGCUGCUGAAACUUUGGAAAUGCAUGUUAUUUCAACAAGAUAUUGCAGACAAGGUCAACAGUUCCCUGGUGUAACCUAAGCUGUGUAUACCAUAGUAAUUUUUAUGACAAUUCAGUUUGCUUUCUAAACCAGUAUCAUAUAAAUUAGGGCUGUGACGAAACAAGUAUUGUGAUAUUUUUUCCAUGGCAAAAAUGAAAACACGAAGCAGACAACUCUUUGGUGUUUUAAAAACCUGCUUUAUGUAAAGUAUUGUGUGCUAUAGCUUGGAAAAUACACUGAACAAAAAUAUAAACGCAACAUGUAAAGUGUUGGUCCUAUGUUUUAUGAGUUGAAAUAAAGGAUUCCAGAAAUGUUCCAUAUGCACAAAAGCUUAUUUAUCUCAAAUUGUGUGCACAAAUUUGUUUACAUCCCUGUUCGUGAGCAUUUCUCCUUUGCCAAGAUAAUCCAUCCACCUGACAGGUGUGGCAUAUUAAGAAGCUGAUUAAACAGCAUUAUCAUUACACAGGUGCACCUUGUGCUGGGGACAAAAGGCCACUAAAAUGUGCAGUUUUGUCACAAAACAAAACGCCACAGAUGUCUCAAGUUUUGAGGGAGUGUGCAAUCGGCAUGCUUACUGCAGGAAUGUCCACCAGAGCUGUUGAAAUAAUUGAAUGUUAAUUUCUCUACCAUAAGCCGCCUCCAACGUCGUUUUAAAGAUUUGGCCAGUACGUCCAGCCGGCCUCAACCUCAGACCGUGUGUGUGCGAGCGGUUUGCUGAUGUCAACUUGUGAACAGAGUGCCCCAUGGUGGCGUUGGGGUUAUAGUAUGGGCAGGCAUAAGUUACGGACAACGAACACAAUUGCAUUUUAUCAAUGGCAAUUUGAAUGCACAGAGAUACCAUGACAAGCUCCUGAGGCCCAUUGUCGUGCCAUUCAUCCGCCGCCAUCACCUCAAGUUUCAGCAUGAUAAUGCACAGCCCCAUGUCAUAAGGAUCUGUACACAAUUCCUGGAAGCUGAAAAUGUCCAAGUUCUUCCAUGGCCUGCAUACUCACCAGACAUGUCACCACCCAUUGAGCUUUUUUGGGAUGCUCUGGAUCGACGUGUAUGACAGCCUGUUCCAUUUCCCGCCAAUAUCCAGCAACUUCGCACAGCCAUUGAAGAGUGGGUCCACAGGGCACAAUCAACAGCCUGAUCAACUCUAUGCGAAGGAGAUGUCUCACUGCAUGAGGCAAAUGGUGGUCACACCGAAUACUGACUGGUUUUCUGAUCCACGGCCCUACUUAAAAAAAAAAAAAGGUAUCUGUGAUGAACAGAUUCAUAGAUUAGGGCCUGAUGAAUUUAUUUCAAUUGACUGAUUUCCUUAUAUGAACUGUAACAGUAAAAUCUUUGAAGUUGUUGCAUGUUUAUAUAUUUGUUAAGUAUUUUUUUUUAAAUGUGACUCUGGAUGACAUGUUUGUUUCCAACUUUUGGUGUGUUUUCCUAAAGAAGUUAAAUCCGCUUCGUGUUCUGUUUCCUUGCCACAAUACUAAUGAGUAUGGUGAUACUGGUAUCGUCCCGCCUAAUAUAAAUAUCUGGAUUAGCUGUUUUCUAUCCUCAGAUGUAGGCCUAAAGGUAACAAUCCGCUAAAGUUGCAUCACGCCAUAGUUCCCCACUUAGGUCGAAAGGACAAACUGCUGCGAAUGAUGGGAAGCAGAAGUUGUUCACUAUGAAGAAGGUGCACCCGGGAACCGCUGUCUAAGAACAGCAGCUCUCCCUACUCCAAAUCCUAUUUCUAAUGCCAUACUUCUUUCUGGCAUACAUUACAAGACUUGACAGGCAAGUAGGCCUAACUUUGUGUGUUGGACAAAGGAAACUAUAGAAAGUCUUGAAUGCAAUUUGAUUACAGGUGAAGCGCCAUGAUUAUUUGUUUAGGUUUUGUUCUGGUUUUCCGCCACUGUGUGAGGCUACAGCUGGCUCUCCCUCAGCAUUCCCCCUUAUUUUGUCACUGGUUAUCUGCUUGCCAAGCCUUUCUCUUGACUAUUUUUGAAAUUGUAAAGCCUUGUAUCAGCAACAAUAGCUAGGAGAGGUUUUGAAUCACAGAUAAAACAGUCCAGAGGUGGGGAUUGGAGAUGUUGGGACUAGUGAAAGCUAUCCGAGGUAGGCAACCUACUACUACUACUGGCCUAGGAUUGGGCAUGCAGUCCCAAUUUUCUUUGACCGUAGUAAGCUCUCUGCAGAUCACACAAAUGUUUCAAAUUAAAUGUUUCUGUUGGAUAAAGGGAGAGACUUUAUAACUCUGCAUCACGGAAAAUGUAUUUGGGGGGCUGACAAAUUUAACUUACCUGCCAUUGUCGUUACGUUAAGCAUGAUUUUGAGGCCAAAGUGUUUUAAUUUUUUGGCUAAUCACAUUAUGUUCGCUUUGUUGUGAUUUCCACAUUUGAUUGUAGGUGUUAGUUUUCUUCUCGGUAUAGUUUACCAUUGUCUCCCCCAGUCCAGUUUCUUGUCCACAACUAGUACUUGGAUUUCACCGCCCCCAUUCUCAGUAGUGGUCUGUAUAUAGUGUUUUCAUAUAUUAUUUUAUCAGCCAUAAAACCAGCCUGUGGAUUGACAUAGCUUUGGGCUACAUAAUAUGGAUUUGUAAUGUUGGUCAUUGGUCCCUAUUGUAUGCCCUCAUGUUUAAGAAGUUGUCUCUGUCUGCUCAAAUGGAUCUGUGCAAGCAUUGAAUUUAAAGCUACAAUAAUAUAUAUUCACCUGUUAUAGAACAGUAGGAAUGCCAGUUAGUUUACUCAAUCUGAUUGUGUGUUUUAUAUGUGUGCUUGUCCAACAGGGGGCACCUAAUUCUCUCUCUCACACACACGCUCACUGAGGCAGACAUUAUUGAGAGGUUUGCUCUUAUGUCCUGUCAGCUCUUGUAUGAUCCGGACGACUUUAAAUGACAUCAGUUCACAAACAAACAGUCACCAUUUGCAGUGGUAGAUCUAUGGCUUCAGUUCCCUACAUUUUAAUCUUGUUUUUUACAUUUUUUUGCUGGGGACAAAAAUGACAGUUAAGAGCACUGUUCCACCUUAACUGCUUGUUUUUCCCAUGCUGAUGGUAUGACACCUGCGAUGACAUGAUUCUUAAAUGUCACCUUGAUUAGACACUGAUAAAAUGAGAAGGCCUCUUAGUUCCGUGAUGCUUUUCUGUGCCAGUCUCUGGCUGUUGUCUUGUCAGAAUAAUGGGAGCGUUUUGCCUGCCAUGUAUGAAAAGGGAAGUGUAGACAUUAGCAGCUGCAACAGACCCCCCCCCCCCCCCCCCCCCCCCCAUCCUCCUCUCUCACCACACAUCCCGCCUCCCCUUCUGCCCGUGCCCAGACAAAUGUGUGAUGAUGCUGUGCAUGGCCGGGGCCUCUCCAAACGGAGAGUUGGUGUAUUUAUAGUCCAGUGUAUCACGCGCCGUGGACGGGGGAUUACCUUGGCCGCGGCGAACCAGCAGCAGCACUGGGACUCCGUUCAGAAGGGGCUCUCACUCAGUGACUCACGGCAGCACACACACUCCACGCUUAGCCAGGGCUUUCCAUGCCACCACUGCAGCAUGUGUGUAAACAAAUGUUUAAUGUGCAUGUGUUGGUCCCUCCCUAGCUAAACAUGUGAGGGAAGGCUGCAACACUUGUUAGACAUUCUCAACCCAAGUAAGGUUUUGCAAAAAAAAAAUAUUUAUUUUUUAUUUUUUGAUAGACUAGACUUUUCUGUCUGUGCUGGUGAUAAGGUCAUAUCAUCCCCACCUGUGUCACAUCCAGUGGUGGAAAAAUUACCCAAUUGUCAUACUUGAGUAAAAGUAAAGAUACCUUAAUAUCUUUGCUAGGUCCUCUGUAGCUCAAUUGGUAGAGCAUGGCGCUUGUAACGCCAGGGUAGUGGGUUUUAUCCCCGGGACCACCCAUACGUAAAAAUGUAUGCACACAUGACUGUAAGUCGCUUUGGAUAAAAGCGUCUGCUAAAUGGCUUGUUGUUGUUAUUAUUAUAUUAUUAUUAGAAAAUGACUGAAGUAAAAGUGAAAAGUCACCCAGUAGAAUACUACUUGAGUAAAAGGCUACAAUUAUUUGGUUUUAAAUAUACUUAAGUAUCAAAAAGUAUGAAUAAUUUAAAAUUCCUUCUAUUAAGCAAACCAGAUGGUGAAAUUUUCUUGUUUUUAACAUUUACGGAUAGCCAGGGGCACACUCCAACACUAAGACAUCAUUUACAAAUGAAGCAUUUGUGUUUCGUGAGUCCACCAGAUCAGACGUAGUAGGUGUGUGAAUAUAAGUGUGUGUACUUUACACCACUGGUCAUUUCCGUGUUGAAUAUUAAAAUAUUAAUUAAGACUGGUAGUGACACUUGAUAAACUAGUUUGCCCUAAGCAAUAGGGCACAAAGGAUUCAUCACUUGUACUCUGCUUAAACACUUGCACUGUCAUGCAGAUGGUGUAACUCCUGUCUUUUGAUUUUGAUUUCUGAGUCAGCUAGGUGUAAACAUAAUUAUUUCAUCAUAACCGAUGGUCUCUAUGAAUAGGAACUUGGAUAGGAUUUUAUCCCCCACUGGCAGUAUUUUUCAUGUCAUGCUUUGUGGUGUAGUCAUUCAUAUUCACUCUGUCGAUAGAAGUAGGCGGGAGAUAUUGGUUGUGUUGUAAGUCCCGUUGUAGUUUGUUCCAGUCUGCAGCAGCCAAGUAGUCAAAUUGCUUUGCGACUGGAUUUUGAAUAGGAUGUGGGCACAGACAGCCUGAAAACAAUAGUGUUGUCUGUAGGAGGACUUUGAAAAUGUUAGGAGUUUGCAGAAGUAGGCUGGUGAGUCUUUAUAGGCCAGAGUGUAGCCUACCAGUUUAACUGUUGGAUUGCAAGCCUUAACCAAAUUCCUCAGAGUGGCUGUCAUAAAGAACUUCAGUGGCAAAUGAUAUGGUGGGAAUGACCCAGGGGGUCCAGUUUUGUUAUCAGGGAUUUGGAGGCACAACGGUUAAUGGUGAAGCCACAGUCAAAGGAUGCAGGACUUAUCCUAGCUAGGGAGAUUUGAGGAUCGGGUGAAACAGGAUUAUCUGCUAUAGAGAGGCCAUUCUAGAUGAGAUUUUGUCUUUUGAGAACUGUUGUGGGAUGCUGGGAUUCAUCAAACCAAUUGGCUCAAUUGGAAUGUUAUUUGUGUUGAGGGUGCAUCCAGUUCAGGUUGGGGCAGAGGUGUUGAUAGUAUCAUCAGCAUAAAGAUGGAUUGAGCUUUGGAUACAGUAUUGCCAAGAUUACUGGACCAAGGGAGGAGCCUCCUUGAGGGACUCCUUUUGUUUAUAAUCAAGGUUAAGGUGUGAGUUUUUCAUUUUGGGAGUAAUCGCUGAAGUAGCCUGAGUUCGAUCAACCAUCAAAUGCUUUAGAGAGGUCAAUGAAUAAUACAGUGCAGGUAUGUUUCUUGGCAAGGGAGGGGAAAAUAUAAUGUAUAACUUUUGCAGUAAUGCAGUACAGAUCGAAAUUCAGAGAAGAUGCUGUUGCUGCUCAGGUAGUUGGUAUACUAUUUCCUCAAUGAUCUUGGUGAGGCAGAGCAGACUCGAUAUAGGCCAGUAACAGUUAUGAUCAGUAAUGCUACCGCUUUUGAACUGUGGGUGAACAAAGGCAGAUAUCCAGUCUUUGUGAAUAGUAGCAGACCGGAUAGGUUGAAUAGAUGGGUGGAUGAGAAGACAUGAUGGGGGCAACUAAUUUCAGGAAGGACACCUUUUACAUCAGUUUUUAUCCCAAAACCUCACACUGGGGAGGACUUCUUCCUUUAGACACAGGAGUGAAGGAGACUGUGCAGGUGGGAGUAGGAAUAGGUGGGGUCAUGGGUCAGUCACCCUCUGAGCGUUAAUUAAGUUGUCUUUUGUCUACAGAUAUUUAGAAAAGUAUGAAAAAGUCCAUCACUUCGGCGAAGAUGAUGACGAGGUGCAGCCUGGGAACCCAAAACCAUCUCUUCCAAUUGGUGCAAUCCCCUGCUCCUACAACUACCAGCAACAUACUGUAUCAGGUAAGACUUUCCCUCUUUUACAACGUGUCUUCAAACAACCACAAAGCAAUACAGAAGUUCGCCCCAAAUCUUGUUGGUUGGGCUAGGAGUUGAAAUACAAUACAGAUUCUUGAAGGGAAAGCCCCAUAUUUUGCUUUCGAGCAAGUUCUUAAAGGGACAGUGGUGUAUUUCAGGACGAUGGCAUAUUCCAGGAAACAAACAGAAAUGAAAGUAUGAUAAAAACUGAAAGUUUCUGAUUGACACUUUGAGAAGAGUGAUUUUAUUGGACACGUAUCUGUGAGGUAAGGCUGGGUAAUUGCUCGUGAUGUGGGAAUAAAUAGAUAGUUAGAUAUUGGGGUAUCGUUUUAACAAUAUCGCAGUAUUAUUUUUGAGCUAGUUGGCUGUACCUGCCCCAAAACUCCCGUAUAUUUCCUUGAUAGCUUGUUCUCAUCUUUUCAGCAAUUUUAUUUCCUUGACUGAUCAAAACGUGUUUUCUCAUGGCUCUCUCUUGUCCUUCUGCAGCAGACAUAUGGUGACCAAUAUAUUUGGAACAUCAAAUCGCAAUAGAAUCACAGUAUCGGAUCGCAAUACAUUUAGAAUCGCAAUAGAUAUUGAAUCGGCACCUAAGAAUUGUGAUAAUAUUGUAUCGUGAGGUCCCUGGCAAUUCCCAGCCCUAGUAAUUGCCAGGGACCUCACGAUACGAUAUCACAAUACUUAGGUGCCGAUAUGUAUUGCAACUAUAUAUGUAUCACGAUUCUAUAUGUAUUGCAAUUCGAUAUUUCAAUUCUAUGUUCCAAACAUAUGCAUAUACUGUAUGUCUGCUGCAGCGGGACAAGAGAAAGCCAUGAGAAAAUGAGUUUGAGGUUAAAGUGCUCAUGUUGUUGGCUCACCAUUUAAAAAAAAAAAAACAUUUAGCGUGCAUCAAUUUUUUGUUGUUGUGUGUAUUAAAAGAAGAUGGAGAAAAAGCUAUAGGAUGAUAAAUACCAGAGUUGUGGGGCAGGUACACCCGACUAGCGCUAGCUACAGUGGGGAGAACAAGUAUUUGAUACACUGCCGAUUUUGCAGGUUUUCCUACUUACAAAGCAUGUAGAGGUCUGUAAUUUUUAUCAUAGGUACACUUCAACUGUGAGAGACGUAAUCUAAAACAAACAUCCAAAGAAAAUCAAAAUUGUAUGAUUUUAAAGAAAUUAAUUUGCAUUUUAUUGCUGACAUAAAGUAUUUGAUACAUCAGAAAAGCAGAAACUUAAUAUUUGGUACAGAAAAACUUUGUUGCAAUUACAGAGAUCAUACGUUUCCUGUAGGUAUUGACCAGGUUUGCACACACUGCAGCAGGGAUUUUGGCCCACUCCUCCAUACGACCUUCUCCGAUCCUUCAGGUUUUCGGGGCUGUCGUUUGGCAAUAGGACUUUCAGCUCCCUCCAAAGAUUUUCUAUUGGGUUCAGGUCUGGAGACUGGCUAGGCCACUCUCCAGGACCUUGAGAUGCUUCUUACGGAGGCACUCCUUAGUUGCCCUGGCUGUGUGUUUCGGGUUGAUGUCAUGCUGGAAGACCCAGCCACGACCCAUCUUCAAUGCUCUUACUGAGGGAAGGAGGUUGUUGGCCAAGAUCUCGCGAUACAUGGCCCCAUCCAUCCUCCCCUCAAUACGGUGCAGUCGUCCUGUCCCCUUUGCAGAAAAGCUUCCCCAAAGAAUGAUGUUUCCACCUCCAUGCUUCACGGUUGCGAUGGUGUUCUUGGGGUUGUACUCAUCCUUCUUCUUCCUCCAAACACGGCGAGUGGAGUUUAGACCAAAAAGCUCUGUUUUUGGCUCAUCAGACCACAUGACUUUCUCCCAUUCCUCCUCUGGAUCAUCCAGAUGGUCAUUGGCAAACUUCAGACGGGCCUGGACAUGCGCUGGCUUGAGCAGGGGGACCUUGCGUGCGCUGCAGGAUUUUAAUCCAUGACGGCGUAGUGUGUUACUAAUGGUUUUCUUUGAGACCGUGGUCCCAGCUCUCUUCAGGUCAUUGACCAGGUUCUGCCGUGUAGUUCUGGGCUGAUCCCUCACCUUCCUCAUGAUCAUUGAUGCCCCACGAGGUGAGAUCUUGCAUGGAGCCCCAGACCGAGAGUGAUUGACCGUCAUCUUGAACUUCCAUUUUCUAAUAAUUGCGCCAACAGUUGUUGCCUUCUCACCAAGCUGCUUGCCUAUUGUCCUGUAGCCCAUCCCAGCCUUGUGCAGGUCUACAAUUUUAUCCCUGAUGUCCUUAUACAGCUCUCUGGUCUUGGCCAUUGUGGAGAGGUUGGAGUCUGUUUGAUUGAGUGUGUGGACAGGUGUCUUUUUAUACAGGUAACGAGUUCAAACAGGUGCAGUUAAUACAGGUAAUGAGUGGAGAACAGGAGGGCUUCUUAAAGAAAAACUAACAGGUCUGUGAGAGCCGGAAUUCUUACUGACGUUAACAACCAAGCAAAAAAUAAAUACCUUUAACAAUAGUCACAGUAACGAUUUGUAAAACUGGCAAAAAUAAUAUUGCGAUACUCUACUGUAUCACUACUGUGAGGUAAAGCAACCACCCUUUGGCGCGAUCUGAUCGAUUUGAUGUAAUCUUGAUGAUAAACUGUGGAUUUUUGGAUGCUGUGAAAGAAAGAAAUAAAAGUACUCUUAGGUCAGAGGACAACCUUGGUGCAAGUUUAUCAAGGUGGAUAUUUCUUCAAGUACAUUUCUUCAAGUAUCGAGUGUUGGGGCUGUUGAAGAACACCGCUAACUCUGAAUUUGAGUCAAAACUUUACGACUCCAAUGGAAAAACAUUAUGGCUACCUUCAGCAUUAAACUUCCUCUCAACAGUCUUGACUGGGAGUCCGAAGUGUCUCUCUCUUUACUCACAGCACACGUUUUUUUAGUCAUCUGAGUUUGCAUAUACUGCAGACUUGUUUGCUUUGUCUUUUCAGACAUAGUUUAUUGCUCCUCAAAACGUAAUCAUAGAUUAGAUCAAGAUAGAAUUUGGCAGCACUUCUCCAAAUGUUGCCAUUUAGUUUGUCAUAAUGGUGCUGCUAGCCUGCUCCUACGGUAAAGCCUGCUCCUUAUUUAAGAACUAAUGGUAAGUGCUUUUAAUACCGUUAUACAGUUGCUUGAAGUGGCUAUGGGCACAAUGUGGGUGCUGCGCAUUCAUUCCUCUUUCAUUUUUGGGUAAUGAAAACUCAGAGGAGGAUGUUAGCAGGCAUUCAAGAUCUUAAAAUUGAUGAUGAAAGUAGCCUAUAUUCAAAGUUUAAAGGAGGAGUUCUAAGAUUUGAGCUGUUGAAAUGUGUUUCAGAACUGAGACACAAUAUACUUCAUACUUUAUUAGGGCUGCCACAUUUAUACUCUUUGUUUAUGCGCGAACAUAUGGGCCUUUAAACCAGAGCUGUGCCACAAGACCCCCAUCAGUAAGAGAGUAUCUGAACUGAGGUUGUCGCGUUCCCAGGCAUGCAGGCAAUUUGCAACAGUGUGUUACCAUGGUGCUGUGUGAUGGUGCAUUACCACCGUGCCCGCUGUGUGUGAAGUCGCUCUAGUUCAGGAGUGCUGUCAGCCACACACACACACACACGUGAAACAGAUGCAGAGCUGGCGGCUGUGAGGAGAUGGCUAUUUAUAUCCCAUUGAUUGCACCUUAAUCAAUUUCUAAUAACUGAAAUAUGCCAUACAACCAUUGCCAUCCCAGCGAAGUUAUGCCAAGAGACUGAGGUUUCAGGAAGUUGCACUUGUUAACCCCACCCCUGCAUGUGACUUUAAUCACUGUUUCCUAUCUGUGAAGGCAUAUUCAUUAUCAGGCAGGUGUCCCAGUGCAUGCAGUUGCAAUAAUUUUUCUGAGGUCUAAACUAAUCAAUCAUAAUUUCUCAAGGUCUUUAUCGCAACAUUGUAAUGUUUUUGUAUGUUUUCAUCAGGCUUUCUUUACAUUCACUUUGAAGUUGAAAUUACAACUGGAAUUGUGGUUGUUUUUUUGUCCCCAGACUAUCUCCGCCAAAGCUAUGGACUGUCCAUGGAGUUCACGCCCCCAUGCGACUACAACAAACUGGUGCUCUCUCUCCUGUCGGGCUUGCCCAAUGAAGUGGACUUCGCAAUCAACGUUUGCACUCUCCUCUCCAACGAGAGCAAGCAUGCUAUGCAGCUGGAGAAAGACCCCAAACUCAUCACGCUGCUGCUGGCACAUGCAGGCGUCUUCGAUGACUGUACGUCUGCAACACCUCUAACAUUCUUCAUUAGUAUCCAAAUCUAGUUUUGCAGGACAUUAAUUAGAAAUGUAUGUGUGUUUUUGUAAUUUAUUGUCUACCAUGGGAACUUGGUGGGGGAACUGUUGAGACAAAGUGGAAAUAAGAAGAGAAUUGUUGUUUAUUCCCUUUCAUUUGCCUGUAUGAAGACUAGAUGAGAGAUUACCUUAUUUAGAGUCUGAAGAAGGUUGUGUUCAAUGAAAAAAUCCAGGCUUUAACGCAACAAUGUGAACACUGUGCAUUCCUUUUCAAGGCACUGAAUGUACAUAGCCAUGGCAGAAGCUUUUUUUUUAGUGAAUCCUCAGGUGUGAAAGUACCUUCUGUCUCAGAAUGUAAGGGUUGGAAUGUUCUCUCUAACGGUACUCUUGUGAAUUUGCAGCACUAGGCAGCUUCUCCUCUGUAUUUGGGAUGGACUGGAAGGAGCAAACCUCCCGGGACUUCAUGAAGGUAGAUUUGACUGAAAGACUCACUAUGUAUGUAUACUAUAGGUUUGCCAUUAAAAAAAAAAAGAAAACGGUUGCCCUCCAGCUGUUCAGGGAUCUUCGUGAAUACGGUGUGAUGUCUGGCCUCGCUGGAGAAUAUCAGCCUUAACUGCUCUUGUAUUUUAUAGCAAUGCAUCUUUUCGGCAGUCAGUAUUUCAACAAUAAUCUGCGAAUAUGAUUCUGCAGUUCUGGAAGGAUGUGGUAGAGGAUUCUGAAGUCAGGGACCUCAUCUGGGACAAGACCAGCCCGACACAAGGUAAGCAGGUUAUGAUUAAAGACCCAUUGCACAAUCAAUUCUUUUUUUCACAACAAUGGGAGAAAUGGCACGUCAAAUAAAUAUUACGACAACAUUGUGUUGUGGACUUUUUGCGUAAUAAAGUAUUUGAAGAUUUCUCAUACAAAAAAUAGACUCUUAAAAGGCCAUUGCUCUGACAUGAAGAUGUCCUUGGUGGAUCAGACAGUCACUGUUCUCUCUGCUCUUCUCCCAGUGACAGACGGUACGUCGGGGGACGAGCGCUGGGGGGCCAUCUUCCACCCUCCACGCAACCUAGGCAUCGGCGACAUCGAGGGUCAGCGGGUCCUGCAGGUGGGAGUCAUCCUCCGCAACCUGUCUUUCGAGGAGGCCAACGUUAAACUGCUGGCUGCUAACCGCACCUGUCUGCGGUUCCUCUUGCUGUGCGCCCACUGCCACUUCGUCUCCCUACGGCAGCUGGGAUUGGAUACACUCGGCAACGUGGCCGCAGAGGUGAGGUGUUUUUACUGUUAUAUUUAUGUUCUGAAUGUUAUUAUUUUGUGCAGUGUUGAGCUAUUUCAUUACAUGAAUUAGUACUAUUUAGUAUAAUAUGGUAUAAUGUUAGACGAGGCUGUAGCUGUUCCAGAGCAUUUGUGUUAUUGAUGAUUACCAUGAAUGAAUAUCUGUUUUCUCUCCCAAUAGCUUCAGUUAGAUCCGGUUGACUUUCGAACAACCCACCUAAUGUUUCACACCAUCACCAAAUGCUUGAUGUCAAGGGACAGGUUCCUGAAGAUGAGGGGUGCGUGUCAGCCCGUACUGUGUCUUUGUCAGUGUCUGGGUCUUUUGUUAAUACAAAUGCAAUGUCGUGUUUAUUUUUAUAUCACUGGCCUUUUAAUGUGAAAGCAACUUCAUGUCUUUAUGUAACAAUGGUAAGCAUGAAUUGUGAUAAAGGUCAAAGUGUAGAUUGUCCCAGAGCCUGACCAUUUGUUCCUCCUCCCCUCAGCCAUGGAGAUCCUGGGUAAUCUGAGCAAGGCGGAGGACAACGGCGUGCUGAUCUGUGAGUACGUGGACCAGGAGUCGUACCGGGAGGUCAUCGGCCUGCUGUCGCUGCCUGACCUCAUGCUCCUCAUGUCCUCCCUGGAGGUCCUCUACCUGCUGGCCCAGCUGGGGGAGAUCCCCUGCAGCAAGAUCGCCUCUGUGGACAGGAGCAUAGGUGAGCUACCAACAACCUAGCCCUAACCAGGGGGAGGGUACCAGUAACCUAGCCCUAACCAGGGGGAGGGUACCAGUAACCUAGCCCUAACCAGGGGGAGGGUACCAGUAACCUAGCCCUAACCAGGGGGAGGGUACCAGUAACCUAGCCCUAACCAGGGGGAGGGUACCAGUAACCUAGCCCUAACCAGGGGGAGGGUACCAGUAACCUAGCCCUAACCAGGGGGAGGGUACCAGUAACCUAGCCCUAACCAGGGGGAGGGUACCAGUAACCUAGCCCUAACCAGGGGGAGGGUACCAGUAACCUAGCCACUAGUCAGGAUCGAGGAUACAUGCAGUAGUAUAAACAACCAAGCCAGAAUGGAGGGGAUGGAGAACCGUCUAACCAAGAUAAAGUGUAGGUAUAGCAUUAACAACUUGGCUAAUGGAGUGUUUGGGUACAGUUUGAUUAUAGUCUCUUAACACGGCACAGCAACCAAGCUGCAUGAAUUGACAAACAAACUGGUUGCACAAAAUAUAUUAGUCUCUUGGAGGAAUAGGAAAUUCAAUGAUUUUCAGAAUUGGGAAAUCAAAAACAACCGUCAUGCAACAAUUUAGACAUACAUUAUUAAACUGUGUAUUUGUGUCUCCCUGGGCAGAUCUGCUGGUGCGGCUGGUGUCAGUGGACCUGCACACGUUUGGUCCGGACGCGCUGACGGCCGUGAGGCUGAUGGAGCACCAGGCUGCUGGGCAGAGCCAGGUGGCCGAGGUGCAGCCCCAGCUUGUAGAACAGCUGCCUGCUCCGCUGCAGGGCGCACCCAUCCCAGGUGAGCAUCUUAACACUUAAACCCUGUCCCCUGAUCUUCAAAUGCACAUUGAAAUGAAAUGAAGCCAGGUUAUAUUCGUGUUGUACAUUUAAAUCAGAUUUUAGAGCAAGCAGUGUGAGGGCAAUAAUUAGCCUUAUGGUAUAAAGGAAACGUUCCCUGAGACAAUGGCCUGAGAUUAUAGGCUCAGCUCUGUUUAGCCUUGCUCCUUGUCCGAUUGUCGUGUACGUUAGAGACUGAUCGAAAGCUGACAGCUCAUCAGUAUACGCCUCCCAUAAGCCUCUGCAUCCACACUUGUCUGUAGAGACGUUCCAUCCGUUGGUGCUUUAGAUCCAUGGAUGAUCAGGCAAAAUGGUGUAACCCAUGUUGUAUGCAAUCAAUCAGCUAAAGUUGACAUUGGCAUGAGGUGCUAGGAAUAAUUCAAGCUAGGGUAAACAUAGCAGUCUGAUUGUACAGUACUGUGACUGCGACCUAGUGGGCAAAAUGAGGAACAACACACUAAACACACCAUGUACGGGAGCACUCUGUCCUGCCGACAGUUCAGUCUCACAUUUACAUUUACAUUUUAGUCAUUUAGCAGACGCUCUUAUCCAGAGCGACUUACAGUUAGCACAUACAUUAUUUUAUCGAACCCACAACCCUGGCGUUGCAAACGCCAUGCUCUACCAACUGAGCUACAUCCCCUGCCGGCCAUUCCCUCCCCUACCCUGGACGACGCUGGGCCAACAUCAGAACAAGUGUUUUCAGCAUAGACAAUGGCUUUAUUCAAAAACUUUUGUAAAUUGAUGAAAUUAGACUCACUAAUUCUCUCAUCUCUCACUUCAGCAGCAAGAGUCCCUGUCCAGUCCCCCCCUCCUCCACCUGGUAUUGUUGAGCUAGAUGGGGAGAAGUUUACAGUGCAGUGGUGAGUCUCUCUCUCUCUCUCUCUCUCACUCUCUCACACACACACACCCCCUCUCAUAGUCAUGCUCUCUCUGUGACACCUCUUAGCUUCUCACAGUUUCUCUGUAAAUUGAACGGUAGUUCUCGGUCAAGCAGUCAGCUUGCGGGUCACCAUUUGACCCCUGACAGGGGUGGCAGCAUCAUGCUGUGGGGGUGCUUUGCUGCAGGAGGGACUGGUGCACUUCAAAAAAUAGAUGGCAUCAUGAGGAAGGAAAAUUAUGUGGAUAUAUUGAAGCAACAUCUCAAGACAUCAGUCAGGAAGUUCAAGCUUGGUCGCAAAUGGGUCUUCCAAAUGGACAAUGACCCCAAGCAUACUUCCAAAUUUGUGCCAAAAUGGUUAAGGACAACAAAGUCAAGGUAUUGGAGUGGCCAUCACAAAGCCCUGACCUCAAUCUUAUAGAAAAUGUGUUGGCAGAACUGAAAAGGCGUGUGCGAGCAAGGAGGCCUACAAACCUGACUCAGUUACACCAGCUCUGUCAGGAGGAAUGGGCCAAAAUUAACCCAACUUAUUGUGGAAGGCUACCCGAAACGUUUGACCCAAGUUAAACAAUUUAAAGGCAAUGCUACCAAAUACUAAUUGAGUGUAUGUAAACUUCUGACCCACUGGGAAUGUGAUGAAAGAAAUAAAAGCUGAAAUAAAUAAUUCUCUCUACUAUUAUUCUGACAUUACACAUUCUUCAAAUAAAGUGGUGAUCCUAACUGACCUAAGACAGGGAAUCUUUACUAGGAUUAAAUGUCAGGAAUUGUGAAAAACAGAGUUUUUAAAUGUAUUUGGCUAAGGUGUAUGUAAACUUCCGACUUCAACUGUAUAUAUACAUCCUGAGUUCCCUUUGUCUCCACCAGGCUGAACGCCCACUUCGAGGUGAGCGGCGAGAGCUCCGUGUCACGCUCAGAUAUGUACUCGGAGUACCUCGCCACCGGCAGCAAGAUGGGACGCGCUGGGAUCCUGGCCUCCCAAGGCUUCCUCAAAUGUCUACGGUUGGUUGGCAUAAUCCCAUGUUAAAUCAAUCAGUUUCAUUGAAAACCUUCAUCAUUUGGAGAACACGCAUGUAAUUUUUUAUGUUUUUUGGAUUUCCCAAUUGUGGUCCUGGAAGCCCACUGUGUAUUCGUGUUCUGUUUUCAACCAAGAAAUCACCCUAUGGACAAGUUACAAUAUAGUAGUCCACAUUCAAUGACUUUGAGAAACAUGAUUGAUAAGGUUUUAGAAUCAACUGCGCUCACACGUCUCUCUCAUUUUGUAGGACCAUCUUCCCAAACCACACAGUAAAGCGGCUAGAGGACACCAAGCCCAAUGCACAGGCCCACAUACACGUGGUGGGGGUGAAACGGAGGACCAUCCCACUGCCCAUCCAGCUGUACUACCAGCAGCAGGCUAGCCCCACACCAGGGCCCAGGCACGACGUCCCUGUCCACCCACAGGCAUCCCCCUCAGGUAAACUACAUUUUCGUAGUUAGUGGCAUUAAAAUUCAAGUUUCCACUUACCUUGAUUGUUAUCACAACAAACGUCAGAAGACAUAGUUGCUAUAAAUGUUGUUUUGGAGUAUGGUGAGACAUUUUUGCAGUUGUGCGAUUUGGACCUCAGUCAAUGAUGCUAAUGUGUUCUUUGUUGUCUCUCUCUCUCUGUGUUUAGGCUUUGUCCCUGGGCAUCCUGGGUUUGCCCGGCCUCCAGUUCCCAGCCUUACUGCUAACCCGGCAGCGCCACAGGUGGCCUACACCAUGCAGGAUGGUGUACCCCACCCCCAAGCGGCUCAGACUGUUCCUCGGCUCCACCUUCACCCCCAGGCCACACCACAGCAGCACCCCCACCCAGCUCAGCAGGCCCAGCCAGGGGACAUCCUCAAGACAGCCAUGGUCCAGAGCUCCAUCCCCACCUCUGGCCAGGUGGUCCAGAACCACAGCCCCAACAUGACCCAACAGCUCCACCAUCAACAAGUCAUGCAGGCUGCCGGGACACCCGUCACACUGUUCCAACAGGUACAGCAGGGCCACAUCUUCACGGCGCGGGUUCAGGGGGUGUCCAUGGCCCAGCGGCCGCCCCUGCCGCACACUCCCCCCUCCUCAGUACCCCAGGCCCUCUCCCAGGGCCCCCAGCAGGAGACUGCUGUGUUCUCUGCCCCCCCGCACUACGCCGCCGUGUCGGCCCCCUGCUCCUCGCUGCAGAACUUCCAGGUGGGCGGGGGCCAGGUGUUCACCAUCGCCGGCGUGUCCAACGCCCAGGGCUCCCGCGUCACUUUCCAGAACAUCGCUCCCAAGCCUGCACCCUCACAGGCCAGCGGACCGCCCACAACCACUCAUAACCAGCAGCAGCAGUCCAGCGUGGUCAUCGUCAGCCCCAACCCCCAGCAGAACCAGGCCUACGCCCCGGCCAUCCAUCAGAUCGUUCUGGCCAACCCCUCCACCAUGCCUGGAGGCCAGGCCAUCCAACUGGCAGGACAGCCUCCCGCUCCUUCCAACCCCCCACCCUGCCCUGCCACCACCGCUCCACUGCCCCAGGGCCUGCCCUCUCCUUCCAACACCCAGAUCCAAAUGCAGGGCUCUGCUUCAGUCAGUCAGAUGCUGUCGGUCAAACGGCAACCACAACAAUUGAACCCCCAGCAGCAGUUUCACCCCCAGCAGCAGUUUCAGAUUCAGCCCCAACCCCUGCCUCAGCAGCAGCCGCCCCCCUUGCCUACCUCCACCGAGUCCAGCCUGAUCAAACAGUUAUUGCUUCCAAAGCGGCCCUCCACGCCGGGCGGCAAGCUCAUCCUUCCCGCGCCCCAGGUGCCUCCCCCUAACAGCACGCAGCGUGCCCCCAGCCCACAAGUGCUCUACCAGGUGGCCUCACAGGGCCAGCCUCAGCCCCAGCAGCUCAAUGUACAGCUGGUCCCCAGCCAGCUCCAGUCCCCAGGGGGGCCUCUCCAGACGGUGCAGCUCAUCUCCACCAGCAGCCCCGCCACCAUCAUCCAGGGCCAGGCUCCUGGUGGCCAGGUCACCUUCACUGUGGUGCCCAACACGGGCUUUACCACUUCAGCCUCUGCAGCUGCCGCCCAGGUCAGCCAGGGAGCCGCUGCACCAGGCCUGCCAGUGGUCCAGACAGGCAACACCCUCCACGGCCCACCGCCACCCUUUAGGGGGGACAAGAUCAUCUGCCAGAAGGAGGAAGAGGCCAAGGACGCCACGGGUCUGCACAUCCACGAACGCAAGAUCGAGGUGAUGGAGAAUUCCUCUCUGGCUGAUGGGGCUGGCACCAAAACCAGGAACGGGGAUCUGGCAGGGGCCGAUGCUCCAGGAACCAAGCUGCUUAACGGGAGAAAGUGCAUGGACUCCAGUCUACCUCCAUACCACUCAGGGAACAGCCAGGGGGCCUGCGUCAAUGGACCGGCCAGCGAGAGCUGCCCCACCAAUGGGAAGCAGACCUCUGGCCCGGCUAACCCACAGGAGGGCCACGUCGACCCCAAAAAGGCUCUCGUCAACGGAGUCUGUGACUUUGAGAGAGGGGACGCCUCCACUGGUGCCCACUUAAGCAAAAACAUUCCAAAUCACAUCGCUUCCAAACACUUGGGGAACGGGGAGGUGGGUCCUCCUCAGAAACUGCAUGGGGCUCCCCAGGAGCCCUCUGUCCCCCAGCAGGAUACUGCCAAAGCUGAGCAGGCAGAGCGCCUUGCCAAUGGGCCUCAGGCGACAGGCCCCUUCUCUAACGGACCUAUGGGGCCGGGGCCUAACUACGCCCUGCCUGCUUUCAGGCAGCAGCUGUUUCCCACUGUUACUGUAAACUCCCAGGGCGCCACGGGGUCAGGGAUCCUGCCGGCCAAUGGUUUGAGCGACGAGAGCCGUGCGCUCAAGAGGCCGGCGGAGGAGGACAAGGGGGCGUCUGUGAUUCCCAGUAAGGUGGGCGUGAGGAUCAUCACCAUCAGCGACCCCAACAAUGCGGGCUGCAGUGCCACCAUGGUGGCCGUGCCUGCUGGAGCCGACCCAAGCACAGUAGCCAAAGUAGCAAUAGAGAAUGCCACGCAGCAGAGGAACUGCUCGACCACACAGGCAACCAGCUCUACGGUGAGUUUCACAUCUCUCAACAAUUUGUUUCUUGUCCCAGUUUUGCAAGCUCAUUAGAUUGCUGACUUAUCUUGAAUACUUUAUUGGAUCAUUGACAUUCUUGCCCAGCUGGUAAAACCUGUGACUCUGUUUUUCUUCACUAACAGAAAAUGUAGGGCUCCACAUUAACGCUUGUCCUCUUGUCCGGGACAAGUAAAAACAAUGCUCGGACAAGAAGAAUAUAGAUUUCAGUUCGGACAAGAGUAAAAAAAACAAUCACAUUAUCAAACAAUUACUCAGAUCAGAAUUGGAUCAGAGGCCAAUAUUUGAAUAAUAUUCAAAUCUAUUGAAUAUUAUGUAGAUAAAUAAAAAAGCCUACAUGUCAAAGUGUAGGUGAUAUGCAUAUUGGCUACAGCCUCAUGUCCAAACCUAUGCUGACAUGAGGGAGGCACCAGAAAAUGUACCCAAACUUUAAUGAGACUUUGAAUUAUAUAAAAAUAGGCUAAACACAAGUCAUGUUUGACAAAUAUAAUGAAGGAUCAUUAACGUCUGAAGGCUUGAUUCUGUCGACAUACUCAAGGCACGGUUUGUUCAGAUCAAAUGGUCACAAGACCGGCCUGUUGCGCACUGCACAUCACCCACCUUGAAUCUGAGUGUAGGGGUCUGCAUUUUGAAGCUAUUUAAAGGGCAAUUCCACCACUUUUCAACCUCAUUUAUAUGUGUGAAAACAGCGCGUUUCUACGAUCUGUGGUUACAAAGAUGAGAAAAGUCCUUAAAUGCUUUUCUGUGACAUCACAGGGUAGGAUUAAAAAUGUUCAAAAACCUGUGAUUUCCUAAACCUGCAACAUGUUUUUUUAGCCCAAGGGAGGGUAUUUUCUUGCUUCCCACAUCACUAUGAAUCUGUGUUUUGAAAAUCACUGUUUUUAAAAUGAACUUCUUAACUUUCUAUUUUAUUCUGUAAAACGUAUAAAUGCACUGUUUUCACAUAUGUUGACACUGGUAUUGUGCUGGAGAUGAUAAAAAUGAGGUUGGUGGAGGAUCCAUAAACUUAAUUGUUUAAAACCUGGACGUUUUGUCAUUUUUAUGAAGCAUGUCUUACCUUGUUUCAAAGUAGCCUAGCCAAAAUACGACUAUAGAAAUGUUGAGGGAAUUAUUUUAUUAUGCCAUUGAAAGCAGCAUUUGGAAGCAGCAUUUUUCUCAUGUUCUAUUGGUUUUUCAAAUCAACAUUAUUGUCCAGCAGCCAAAGGCAUAAUCCUAGUUAUAAUAGUAGUAACCCAUGCUAGUUGAUGCAUUCAUAUUAAAUGUAGCACAUACUGAAGUCGCUUGAUAAAGCGUCUGCUAAUGCAUUAUAUUAUCUUUAGAUCUCCCCUUGCUUUAUUUCUAACAGAUAUUUUCAUCUCUGUCACAUGAAACCACACGCGCAUGCAGGGCACUUUUGAGAACAAUGUUUUCCUGCUAAUUGCAUUUUGGAACAUUCGUGCAUAGCUUACAGCCAUGUGUGCAUUGUUAAGCUUAUAAUAUGAAGAAAUAUAACGUUAUCAACAUUUAAGCUAAACUGUCUGAUCUGAUGCAUCCGCCUCAUUGCUUUUGAAAAUGUUUUAAUGUGCAGUGGUUGUAUGACUUUGGGAUCUGUUGUUCCUAAGUCUGUUUUGAACUGUAUACAUAUUUUUUAUCGUCCUUAAUUUCGUGGGGAAUUAUUUUAUAAAGAGUAUUUGGUUGUAAUUGUAAUGUUGCAAUAUUUUAUAGGCUACCAAGGGUGGCCAACCAUCCUCCAGGAGAGCCUUAAACGGGCAGUGUUGUAUUUUGAGACAGGCUUGAAUAUGCAAAUAAGCCAAUAGGCAGAGUGUAUCCUACAUUUCUCUGAUUCUCUAUGGUAAAAAAGACUAAUGCAUUUUAUUUUGUAAAGUGGAUCUGUCAAUUAUGUAAAAAUGGUGUUAAAACAAUUUUUUGGGGGGGGGCGGGGGGACAAGUGUCUUGAGCUUUUGGACAAGUUAAAUCGGACCUACUUGUCCAAAGGACAAUCGGCAAAAAAAAGUUGAUGUCAAUGUGUAGUUGUAGGUGGGAGAGUGCUAUCUAUCACAUACAACUACAAGGCUUUUCUGUUGCUGUUAUUUUGAGAAAUCGACUGCAUUGUGAUGAGUAGGGUUAGAGGCCAUUAAUGAUUUAUACAGACUGACUUCGACAAGACUUGUUUAUAUUGCACUAAUUGGAUUGGCAGGUGUGUGAUCUUUCAUUUCAUCCUUUAACAAUGCAAGGCUUACAGUUGUUAUUUUUGGAAGCAAAGGACUUGCAUAAAACAAGCUUAACGAUGAUAGUCUUUAGGUUGUAGGACCUUGCAUUAUUUAUUCAACCUCUAUGUUAAUAUUUUUACGAGCCUCCUGUAGCUCAGUUGGUAGAGCAUGGCGCUUGCAACGCCAGGGUUGUGGGUUCGAUUCCCACGGGGGCCAGUAUGAAAAAUGUAUGCACUCACUAACUGUGAUUCGCUCUGUAUAAGAGCGUCUGCUAAAUGACUAAAAUGUAAAAUGUAUGUUUUUUUUUAUUAAUUUCUGAAAAUAACUCUUAGAAACAAAUGGUAGGUUAUUCAUAUUUAUUGUUUCAUAUUUAUUGUAAGCAGAGGGUAGGUAGGCUAAAAUCUUCAAAGUUUAUUAGCUUAAUUAACCAAUUUAUCUUGUUAAACUUUUUUCAAAGGUAAAACAAAUAAAAAAAAACAAUUUUUGUGACUUGUUUUUUUAUUUGAGAAAUAGUCAAACACAAUCAUACAACACAAAAUAUCACCUGCUUAUUUGGGCUGAUAAAGCUUUGCCUCUUUCCCUCAGCCUGGUUUUACGCAGCCUCCGCCCCCAGUGGCUCAGCCUGCACAGGCUGGCAGUACCAGCCCCAACGCCCCCCUUUCUGGGCCACAAGCCGUGGUGGCACCCCCAGAACAAACCAGGAAAGCGGGACAGAACUUCAAGUGUCUGUGGCAAUCCUGUAAACGGUGAGUCAAUCUCUGUCCGUAUCGACUUGACCUACUUAAAGAGAAGUUAUGUGUUGUGGGAGGUGUGUCCAUAUCAUGGCUAACUGAGGCUGCGUUUAGACAGGCAGCCCAAUUCUGAUAUUUUUUCCACUAAUUGGUCUUUUGACCCAUCACAUCAGAUCUUUUCACAUCAGAUCUUUUUCAGAGCUGAUCUGAUUGGUCUGAAAAACAUCAGAAUUGGGCUGCUUGUCUAAACGCAGCCCGAGUGUGUCUAAGUGGCCUUUUCAUUGACUGUCCCGUUGAUAUCCGUGUUGUUGUUCCAGGUGGUUUGAGACGCCGUCUAGAGUGUUCUACCAUGCAGCCACACAGCAUGGUGGCAAGGAGCUGUACCCAGGCCAGUGCCUCUGGGAGGGAUGUGAACCUUUCCCCCGACAGAGACUGUCCUUCAUAACCCAUCUACAGGUAAGACUACACCCUCACCUCUCAAUCAAGCAGUCCAUGUUUGUGGGUUUUGGCUGACAAUUAUCCUAUUUUCUGCCUGCAGGAUAAGCACUGUUCUCGAGAUGCCCUAUUGGCCGCACUAAAACUGGAGCAGGAACCGACACAGACGCAAGACCCCAAUCAGAAAACUUCCAAGUAUGUACCCUCUGGUUAGCUUAGCAUGUUAGUGCAAAUGUCCAUUGUGGUGAUGCUAGAAUGAACUGUAUGUGUGGCUGACUGUCUUUUGCAUUGUUCCACAGGCCUCAGCCAGUGGCAAGCAGCACUCCAGCACCGCGAGCACAGAAAGCUAUUGUCAAUCAUCCGAGCGCAGCCCUUAUGGCCCUACGCAGAGGCUCUCGGAACCUGGUGUUCAGGGACUUCACUGUGAGUAUGGCUGAGCUUAGCUGUUUUUACACUGAAGCUGACAUUUUACAGAAUUUUAUGAUUUUAUACCUGGAAAUAAGAUUUAAGAUGUUAAACCUUGCAGUCCUUGACUACUCCAUAUUUAUCGUCUAUUUCCACGUGGAAAUCUUUUGUUGUCAAUGUAUCUUGUAACUGAUGAACUUCACAAUCCUUUUCCUUAGGAUGAAAAAGAGGGACCAAUGACCAAACACAUACGACUAACUGCUGCCUUAACGCUAAAGAACAUCGCCAAGUAUUCAGACUGUGGUCGAAAGUAAGAACAUUCACAACUACAGAAGGGUCAUCUGAGGACUUGUCUGUUCGGAGUGAUGAAUUAUCAUGAAUCAUAAUCAAUUAAACAAAUGUUUACGGGUUUGAUGGAGAGUAUGUAAUGACAGCUACCUGUCUUGUCUUCUCAGGUUGGUGAAGAGGCAUGAGAGCCACCUCUCUGUGCUGGCACUCAGUAACAUGGAGGUAUCCACCACGCUCGCCAAAUGCCUUUACGAACUGACUCGCUCUCUCCAAGCUUGAGCCCACAAGGACAACCCCACCCCCAAAAAUAGGAGAACCAUCCUUCAGGGGUGUCCUCAAGGCAAUGGGACAAUGGGGCACACAGGCGGGCAACACCAGACCAUGCCCUUCGGACUCCCCUCAUCCUCCAACCCCCCUCCCCCACUGUGCUCUAAUUCCCCCAUCUCCUUCACAAAACAAACUGCCACGGGGUCUUCCACCAGCCGCCCAAGAGGGGGAGCUCUUUAGACUGCUGCCCUGAGGGACUCUACUAACGAAACCCCAAAUACGAGCACAUUUUUGUAAUCCUGGGACUGUUUGCAGAGAACUUAUUUGAGUAGGAGCGGCAGUACGUUGAGGGGUUUUACUGUGCUGAGGGAGGGAGGGGAGUGGCUGGAGAGAGGGGAGGGAGACAGCUGCAGGAGACUGGCUCGAUUGUUUUUCUUUAGAAAUUGAUAGCGUGGUUUUCUUACUUGAGUCAAUUAUAUUUUCACUUAUUUAUUAUUGAAAUGAAUACCAUUACAAUUAAUGAAAAGAAUCUUGUAAAUAUUUGUGAAUAUAUAUAUAUAAAGAAAAUCCUCUUUCAUGCCGAUACAGCCACUGGGGAACUUGCUCUGUGGAGUAAUAGAAGCAUUACUUUGGUCGAAUUGAAGUUUUUUGUUGUUUUUUUUUUCUUGUAUUUUUAAUGAUCCCUGGUUACUUGUAUCUAAUGUGAUUCUAUACUCAGCAGUGGAUGAAUGUACUUAAAACCUGUAAAUACUUCUGCAAAGGUACUGAUGCUGUAAAGUUAAGUGGGGGAAAAACAGUUUUUUUGUGGAACUGUGACUUUUUUUGUAUUAUAAUACCUUGUAGAACUCAUUUUGCUGGCUGAAAGAGUAUGGAAUAAUAUAUCUCAUGUCAUUUUGUAGAAGAAAAUAAUAUUAAAGGUAUUCUCACCUCACCCCCCAACAUGUAUCCACUGUAAACGUUUGUCAUUGUACGAGCACAGUGCGCGUACCAAUUUUUUUUGUAUUUGUAAAUUGGUUUAAAUACAUGGAGUUUUAUACAGGUUUUCUCCUGUGUUCUUUGCUUUAUGUGCAGGUAUGAUAUUUUCUUCACUACUUUUUUUCUAUGUUAAUAUAGUGUGGAGUUUUAUUGUACUAUUUUUUCAUUCUUAAUACCAUGCCACAUUCCGGCUCACGUCCUCAGACUAUCCUCUCUAUGGUGUGUUGUGUAACAUUUAUGACUGCCUGUUGUUAGCAUCCGAGCGGGGCAGCCCACCCAUCCUCAUUUCUGCGGUGUCAGUAGGAUGUGCGAUUAUACAUAGACCUAACAGUCUGUUAGAGAUUGGCUUUAUUUACUUUGGUGACUGUUUAUAGUUUUUAAAUAAAAGACUGAACAUUU